AUGGCAAUUAUUCGAAUUCAAAUGAUGAUAACUUUAUUAAAUCAAAUACAAAAUCCUAUUCCUCAUUAUUUGGUUGGUGCCUUACCAGUCAUAAUAACGUUAGGAACAACUCCACAUAGUGGUAUUAAGGCGAAGCUACAAAGAUUAUUUCUAUGCCUUGGUUGUCCUUUUAUAGGGUUACUUUACUUUUGUAAUGUAUCGAAUAAUAAAACAGAAAUGUGUACUUACUGGCUCAAAGCCGAAUGUUUCUAUGAAGAUCAUAAAAAAAAAAUUCAAAAUGAUCAAGAAAUGCUGCAAAAUGAUUUUUAUGAACAACAAAAUGACCUAGAAAAGCAAGGUGGUCAAGGAGAAUAUACUUCACUUGCACGACCUAUGGGAUUUCAUACUAAAAUAAUAUGUCCUAACGCUAAACAAGAAAGUAUUCUAGAUCUUUGUGUUGAAGAAGCAUCUUUAAUUGAUAGAUUUUCGUCAUUAAUAUCUGCAUUUUACAUAAUAUUUGGCAUUGCCGGAGGAAUAACGAUAUUAUUUGAAAACCCAUGUUCAUAUGAUUCAUCAUAUCAGGAUUGGCCAUUUAUAACAACAUUAUUCAUCUGGACGCUACCUGUAAUUACUUUUAGAUCAUAUUAUGGAAGAGUAGUAUUUAGGAUACCAAAACGUGAGAUUAAUAUGAAUUUAAUGUCAAAUUCUCUGGAGAAUAAUCAUAUUAAUGAAAUUUCGGAAACUUCAGUAAAAGUAUUGAAUACAGAAAAUCCAAAUGUUCCAUUAAGUUUAAUAAGUAAUGAGAAUCCAAUCAAAGUUAAACCUUUAGAUUAUUCAAUACUUUAUAAAAAACGACGUAAUGUUAUAAUUACUCUUUUAAUCUCAACAACACUUCAUUGGAUAUCAGUAAUUAUAGCUUAUUUGACUCCUCCAGUUGCAUUCCUUUGCAGAUCAAGAUACUUGUCAAUAAUUUGCACAAUAUGGACAGUUAAUAGUCUUAUUGCUGCUAUACUUCACAUAAAAAAUACUAGGAUUAAUCUUAAAAUUUGGUUUCGUUUCUGUGGUAUUAUAAUAGGAAUACUUUUAAUAGUAUUUGGUUUGUUAACCACUUAUAAGUCUUGGUGGUAUGCAAUUAGUCCUUUGUGUCGUGGAACAUGUGAAUAA